AUGGAUAUGAAGGGCUACCAAAUGGUCACCGAAGAUCCCCUAUUGAACUGGCUGGGAGUCAAAUCGAUGAAUUGCUCGAAAUAUAAAGAUAUAGACGAGGCUGAUCAUAAGCGCUUAGAGAACCUGAUACGCACUGCCGAGCGGAAUAUCCAUUAUCUCUCUAAGUCAGAGCGCCGGAUUCUUGCAACAAGCUGGUUUAAGCAAUGGUGUGAAAACGAAAGUGCCUCGCUGUUUAAGGUAGUUAAGAGCGCUGAGGGUUUACGUGGAAACAUACACGCCGUCCACGAAGAGAUAGACCGACGAGCCCUAGUUCAAGCCCACGUUGUAGGUAUCACGACAACGUCCCUUACGCGAAAUAUCGAGACAUUACGCCGUAUAGGCGCAAAAGUUAUUAUAUGUGAAGAGGUAGCCGAGGUGAUAGAGGCGUAUAUCAUCUCAUCCCUCAUACCGGGCCUCCGGCUCCAAAUUCAAAAUUACUCGCUUAGCCUUAAGUCAUCAUCUAGAAAAGCCUGGCAGUUGGAUCGGAGCCAAUUUGAGAGGCGUGCGGUCGGCGAGCCAGGCCUUAAUCCUAUACCUGUUGCACAACUCAAUACCAUCGACGUGAUAAAGACACGAGAGAAGACGACAUUUGAGGUUGACAUAGCGACCGCUCUUAUACGCCAUCUUAUCAGACAGGGAGAGUAUAAGAGCAAUAAUAUUGCUCUCUUGACCCCCUAUACUAGUCAAUUGCAGAAGCUCAGGGCAUCGCUCAGCAAAGAUUUCGAAAUCUAUCUUAGCGAGCGGGAUUUGGAGACCUUAGCAGCCGAGGGGCUCGGAGUGGAUAUAGACAACCCUCAUCAAGCAGGAAUUCCAAAAGUUAUCGAAAGAAAAACGCUCCUUCAGACGCUCCGCCUUACCACCGUCGAUAACUUCCAAGGCGAAGAGGCAAAGGUAAUCGUCGUCUCCCUAGUUCGGAGCAACUUAAACGACAAGUUAGCUUUCUACGCACUAAGAACCGCAUCAAUGUGCUCCUUAGCCGAUGUUCACGCUCAGCUUAUCCUCACGAACGCGGUCGGCACCGAACUAGCCCUAUACUGCCCCCGCCACCCAGAAAGAAAGAGCCCUAAAGGCGGAUAUAAUCUCCCAUACACCCGUCGUCUCGAGCCAUAUAGCUACCAGUGCCAGGCAAAAUACCACUCAUCGUUCAUACAUCAUGGUUUUGCAUGCUGCAAGCCUUAUCCUCGAAUUCGGCAGACCUAUGACCAUGCAUGUCCUAAGCUCUGUGGUACGGAGUGCGGUCUUUGCAUGGUCAAAAUCCCCGACGUGAUGCUUCCUUACGGCCAUAUGAAAAAGACGCUGAUAUGUCACCAGAUACGCGAUCUAGAGUCUAUCAAGUGUGACUUCAAAGUUGACAAGAUUGUUUCCGAGUGUGGCCAUGUUCUCCGACUCGCCUGCUUCAUUGAUGUUACGUCUGGGAAUUUCUGUUGCACUAAGCCAUGCACCGAUAUUCUCAGAUAUGGUCACAAUUGUGGAGGUCUCUGUGGGAUGUGCUCCGAGAAAGGCGAAGAUGGCGUGGUGUCGUUUAAUCAUACAAGAUACACAAAGAAAUGUGACCGUCCACAUGGUGUCUGCAGUCAUAGGUAUGCCAUGAUGGUGAAAGUUGUGGGAAUUAUGAAGCGAAAUGCGAGGUUCGAUGCUCCCACUCAGCCUGUGCCUCCACCUGCGGAAAGGCAUGUGCACCAUGUAUCGAAAAAUGCACUUGGGUUUGUCCCCAUAAAGGCUCCUGCUCAAUGCCUUGCGCAGCACCGUGUGACCGACUUCCGUGUGAUGAGCGAUGCACCAGAAUUCUCGACUGUGGUCAUCAGUGUCCAAGCAUUUGCGGAGAAGACUGUCCAAGUGGUCUGUGUCAAGAAUGCGGUGACAAGCCAGAUGCUCGUGUCGAUUUCAUUGAAUGGAAAUCUUAUUCUGAAAUUAACCUGGACGAGAGCCCAAUUGUCGUCCUCGGAUGCGGUCACUUCUUUACGAGUGAGUCGGUCGACGGUCUAG